AUGUUUGCAAACAGUUUGAUGAGUUUAAAUCGAUAUUCUGCAACAUUUAUAAGUUAUCAACAUUAUUGGACAAGUUAUCGUUUCAAAUUAUAUUUUGGAAUAUUCAUUAUUUUAAGCUUUCUUUGUAUAAUACCAACAUUGAUUGAUGAUCGAAUAUUUGAAUUGGAAAAUGAAAAAUGGAUAAUAAUCUAUCUUCCAAUAACAAUCACAAUUCAUAGAAUUAUUCUAUGUUCAAUUAUUAUUAUCAAACAAAAUGUUCAAUUAAUAUUGGGAUAUUUAACAAUUCUUCGACUUCGAAAUAAUACGAAUUCAAAAAAUGAUAAAAAUUUGGUUUAUAUUAUAAUGUUUCAUUCUCUCGCAGAUUUCGCAAUGAUUAUUUAUCAUCUUUUUGAGAUAUUUGCUCCUCAAAUCUCUUCUUCGUUUUCUCAAAAUUUUGUGAGUUGA